UACGAUUGGACGCGUAUCAUUGGCUUUAUCAACACGGUAAACGAUAUAAUGUAGUUUAAACACGAGGUUUGAUCGAAAUGAAAUAUAAAUUCUUUUUUACUUUUUUUAAGUUUAAAUACGAUUAUUUUUUUUUUUUUAACGUAAACCAUAAUUAUUGGAUUCGAUCUCCGUCCAUGUAGAUCGACGUGUUUCGAGGGUCUGUAUCUUUUUUUUGCGGUUCCCAAACGUCGACGAAACGGUUCGUCCAGGUAACACGAGUCGACGAUCUACUCUGGGAAAACGUCCACGCGGGACCGCUGUACGCGCGCCUCCCUAUCCCUACCCCACUGCCGCCGGAGGAAAACAUGCGCGCGUGUGUGCCCACUCGCGUUCUCCGAUGUUACCGUAAACGAACGGCGUGUUUUCCUCAGUACGAGUCGAAGCCCUGUCCGCGCCGCACCGAGAUAUUUUCAUACGCAUAUUCGUAAUACGCACACACGGAUCUAUAGAACGGCUGUUGCGCUCGAUCGCAACAUGUGACCGUGUUCCGGCGCACCCGGGGAUCUGCACGCGGCCGACACGGAUUACCGCGAAAACGGAUAGAACGCAAAAUAAAAAAAUAAAAUUUCUACCGACGCGACACGUUAUCGAAUUCGAUCGAACGUAAAUCCUCACGUUCGCGGUCCGGUCGCCUUUCCUCGGACGUUGUUGUUGUUGUUGUUGUUGUUGUUUAUAUUUCCCAACCCUGCGGCGGAACGCGUGCGCGAUGACAGGGUGCCCGCGGCACACCGUCUUCCCGCCGCUGCUGUGGCUCGCAGUCGCGGCCACCGUGGUUGUGGCCGUGACCACUGCAGCCGCGGUGGUCUCGUCCGCCGACGACGGUACGGCCGCAGUGGCCGAAACGGCCGGGGAUGGAGGCGAUGGCUCGGACGGUGGUGGCGGCGGAUUCCUGGACGGCGUGUUCCCGUUCAAAGCGCUUCAGCUGUACAACGCCGUGGCCAGUUACUUGGAGUACUUUUACGAUGCCGUCAUUGCGCCGAUCGCGGGUGGUAUCUCGAACCGUAAACAAAUCCCCAAUCGUGUGUCAUACAAAAAAUAUCAGCUUAUCAGGGUUGUGCCGACCGACGAAGACGAAGUGCUCGAUAUCGAAGCCAUGUCCGAAGAACCAGGAGUGCAAGUAUGGAUGCCUAUACGGUUGAACAAAACGGCCGAUCUUGUGUUACCGCCUAGUGUCGCCAGAGAUGUCAAACGAUUUCUGUCUCAAAGAGAGAUCGAAUUCGUCGUAGUCAGUUCCGAUCUAGAAAGGAGUAUCGCUAAACAAAACCCUAAAUCGCCGUCCCUUAAUCAAAAAUCAGAAUUAAAAGCAACUAAAGGUCAUACAAUGACUUGGAACAGAUAUCAUCGUUACCAAGAUAUUCUUGAUUAUUUAAUGUACCUGUCAGAACACUAUCCUCAUUUGGUAGAGUUGUUGCCGAUCGGAAAAACAUCUGAAGGUCGGCAGUUAAAAGUGGUGAAAAUAUCGAGUGGACAGACCAAAGAAAACGUUGUCAAACCGGCUAUCUGGAUUGAUGGAGGGAUCCACGCCCGAGAAUGGAUAGCACCGGCAGUAGCGUUGUACGUCAUGAGACAAUUAGUGGAAAAUAAAUCUUACAGGAAGUUGGUUUCGGAAGUGGACUGGUACAUUUUGCCGGUGGUGAACGCGGACGGCUAUGAGUACAGUCAUACGACGGACCGUUUGUGGAGGAAGUCCAGGAGCGUGGCCACCGAAUCGGCAAGGACUCUGUGGGACACGUCGUACGGCUGCGAAGGCGUGGACCUGAACAGGAAUUGGGAUUGGCAUUGGGGAGGAGUCGGUGCUAGCCGAGAUCCGUGUUCCGAUACUUAUGCCGGGUCGAGGGCUUUUUCCGAACCGGAAACGAGAGCGGUUUCCGACUUUCUAUUGGAUCACCGGGACAGAAUACAAGUGUAUUUAACUUUACAUUCUUAUUCACAAAUGUGGUUGGUACCCUGGAGUCACACGAAAAAGCUCGCUGAUGAUUACGAUGAUAUGAUGUAUUUAGCUAGACAGGCAACGGAAAGCAUACAAAGAGUACACGGUUCGCAAUAUCAGCUUGGUACUUCUCCUUCGUUGCUAUAUGCUACUUCAGGAGGCUCUGACGAUUGGGCCAAAGGGAAAGCGGGAAUUAAAUACAGCUACACCGUAGAGCUCCCGGACAAAGGGGUGUACGGAUUCCUGUUGCCGGCCGAGAAGAUCGUACCGACGUCCAAGGAAAUAUUCACCGGCAUCAAAUCCAUCGUCAAAUCGAUAAUGAAAAUCAAUGGCGCGAAAGAGAAGACUGAGUCGACUGGACGAUGAGCACGGCUGCCGGUACGUCGUUUGUCUCGAUGUUGUGAAAAGACGAUUUCGAUUGAUCUUACGUAGUCGGGUCGACAAUAGUGUUAAAAUAAAACAAGCCAGAUUGUAAUUUUUUCAAAUUAAAAACCACGUUAUUAAUUAUUAUUACUCCCAGACCGUUGUGUGUACAGUUCUUAGACAUCCGCAUACAUUGAUAUAACGUGUAGACUAGAUUAUUGAAAUUUAUCGCUAUGGAAUUCGUGAUUCGUCACUGUGUAAUAUUUGUAAACUAUAUUCACGUUUAUAAUGGACUCGAACCAACCGCGGGGCAAUACGGAGGAAAGUGCGUAUAUCCUUACAUCACAAUGUCAUUCAGUAUAGCACUGGAAAAGUCUGAUGAUAACCGCAUUCAAAACUAAGAUUCGUCAUCGUUUGAAACAUAGAAAUUAUAAUUUUACAUUAACAUCUCCCCCUUCCUACUUCUCCCUAGCAGCUAAAGAUAUUUUACAUCGAUCAAUGAGGUUAAUCCAUCAUCGACAGUCCACAAUCUACGUGUAUUAACUAUUAUGACUACUGAUGUGAUGGUGCUUUUUGUGGUGAAGGUGAUAAAUAAAAGGAGAGUUGUUUUAAAGAAAUAGCACUUUAUUAUAAUUAAAAUGAACUAUGGACUAUUUAAAAUGGAAUAAAGAAAUAAUGCAAUAAUAAAAUAAUGAAAUACUACAAUAAUAAAAUAUUAAAAGAUGCUCUGACACGCGUUGAUGCUCUGUAGUGGUCAUUACUUGACUGCUCGAGCAUUGUGACAAACAACCCAGCGUUUCCGCCGAGUCGUGGGAUUCGCUGAUCAAGCAAAUGCCGAUGGCUCGCUGGUCACGUAGGCCACUUUAUUACAAGAAAAAAAAUAUACAUUGAUACUACCGGGUGUCGUAUAAACGACAUGUAGUCUACAGGGUACAACACUACUACUAUU